UUGGGUGGGUUGUUGUUCUUUCUCUGCGUUAUGGGUUUCUGCUGGGGAAGGGAGAGCUGGCAUUCAUAGAUAAUGACACGGAGACAUAAGUUCCAGUGCAGAGCACAGUUGGGAACAAUUGCCGAGAAAUCUCGGAGAGUGAGCAUAUUCAGUCCUGUCCAAAUUGCUCUGAAACUACAGACAAUGGAUCUGCUGCAACUUGGGUCAUCAGGCUUCUGCAAUGACUACACUUAAUUGGCCGGCCAACAAAACACAGAGCAUCAUCUGUGUUUGGAAGCCAUUGCCUGAGGAACCUCCACAAACUUGACGGCUUGGUGCUGCUCUUUAUUCAAGGUGCCACGUGAACGUUGCCAUUUGGUAAACAUGCUUGCGGGUCCAAAGAGGGAUCUGUGGAAGAUGCUUCUGUGGCUGCUCCUGCUCCUGCUGCUUGCUGACAUUUUGGGAUCCAGAGCUGAGGCAGACUUAAGAAAGAAGGCUCAUGACCUAAUGAAGCAAGUCCCAUUAAUCGAUGGACACAACGACCUGCCCCUGAAGCUGAGAUGGUUCUACCAGAACAAGCUGAGCAAGACUGACUUGAGAACACUCAACAAAACAGACACAAACAUCCGGAAGCUCCAAAUGGGCCAUGUUGGUGCUCAGUUUUGGUCCGUGUAUGUUCUCUGCAGUGCACAGAACAAAGAUGCUGUCCGCUUGACGUUGGAACAGAUCGAUGUUGUCAAGCGGAUGUGCAAAGACUACGAAGAAUUUGAGCUGGUGACGUCUUCUCAAGGCAUUGCCAGCACUGACAGCAAAAAGAUAGCAUGCUUGAUUGGCAUCGAAGGGGGGCACUCCAUCGACAGCAGCCUCGCGACCCUGAGGAUGUUUUACGAGCUGGGCGUUCGGUACAUGACGCUGACCCAUAACUGCAACACUCCCUGGGCAGAAACCUCCGCAAAGCAAGAACAUGAAUUUUAUCCCGACACUGAGGGCCUGAGCACUUUCGGCAAAGAAGUGGUGAAGGAGAUGAAUCGACUGGGGAUGAUGGUGGACUUAUCUCACACAUCUGACGCAACAGCAAGGGCAGCUCUUAGUAUCUCCAAAGCGCCGGUCAUUUUCAGCCAUUCAUCCGCCUUCUCAAUCUGCAACCAUUCAAGAAAUGUUCCAGAUGAUAUCCUGUUGGAUCUGAAAAGGAAUCGUGGGAUUGUGAUGGUGACAUUCCCAACCAAAUUCUUGGCCUGUGGUAGCCAAGCAGUGAGCAUUUCAACUGUUGCAGAUCACUUUGACCACAUAAAGGAAAUUGCAGGUUCACAUUCAAUAGGAAUUGGCGGUGACUAUGAUGGAUUAGUUCGAUUCCCCGAAGGACUAGAAGAUGUCUCUAAAUAUCCAGCCUUGAUCGAGGAGCUGUUGAGGAGAGGCUGGAGUGAAGAAGAACUGAAGGGUGUUUUGAGAGAGAACUUCCUUCGUGUUUUCCGGGAGGUGGAAAAAGUGCGUGAUGAGAACUUGUCAGAGGGUGUGAGCGAAGUGGAAAUUCCUCCUGAAAAAGUCGAUCAUUCCUGUCACACAGAACUAAAGCCCCCAUCUAAACUGGCGACCAGUUCCUGUGGACUGCAUUGGGGAGGGCAGCAGCCGUACAGCCUUAUUCUCUCAAUUGCGGUGUAUGCAAUGCUAAAUUGAGAUCAUCAUCUCAGACAGCGGUGCAACAACCCUGCAUACCUGUUUGGAAGAUACAGUGUGAAGUGUGACGCAUGUAGAUGGUGCUUUGUGGGGGCCCCGCUGUGCCUUCUUCAUUUCCGUGAAUGAAGAGGCUGUCUCUGCACACGAAGGGCAUUCAGGUGAAAUACAAGGACAAGACUCCUUUGCCUUAAAUAUUUUUGCUGAAUACCAGGUUUCAGCAAACACCACCACGGCAGCUCCCAUCCUAACUGACCCUUGCCUGCAUUGGCUGGGGCUGAUGGGAGCUGAGAGCCCCACAUCACCUGGAGGGUCACUGCUAGCAAUGUGGGAGGCAUUCAGUGCAGUUCACGUUUAUAGGCAAACCUGCCUAACGCACACUUUCUGAGACAAUAUGCAAUUCAAAACACAGGCAUCCAUAACUAUCCAUAAUUUUGUGCUAAAUCACUGUUAAAUUUUCACAAGGACUUUAUUUUUCUUUUUAAAGAAAACCACAAACUGGUUUAGAAAUACAGUGGUACCU